GCCGUUGCUUCCUGUCUAAAGGGUAACUACGGUGUGACUCCUGGGACAGGAGUGGAUCUGAGAGUGCUUCUUUUUUUUCCCGAGCUGACUUUUUGAUUCUUUGUUCUGCAGCAGGCCUGCACUCCCGUGAUUAUUUAUUUACUUGAUUUUAGUUCAUUUUUUUCCAACUUCGAGGGAUAAUACUUCAAAACUGCAGAUUAGUAUUUAAUACAACCUUAUUUUUCUCCUGAUGCAUGCUGUUACGCAGAGAGACUGAUGGGGACUCCUCUGAAGCCUUAUCAUGCACAUAAAUAAGACACAAGGUGCAAGUAAGAUGAAGAUGAUCAAACUGACACAACAAUUACUCUGGGGGUUCAUUUUGCUCUGUACAGUAAACCUCAGCAUCCAGCAAGUGUCCAGUGGCAACCAAAGCUCUCGAGGACAGAGAGGGUCAUCACAGGAGAGGACGGGGACAUGUGAAGUGGUUGCGGCUCAUCGCUGCUGCAAUAAGAAUAAGAUUGAAGAGCGCUCUCAAACAGUCAAGUGUUCUUGCUUCCCCGGACAGGUAGCUGGGACAACAAGGGCACUGCCCUCUUGUGUUGAAGCCUCCAUUGUGCUUCAGAAAUGGUGGUGUAAAAUGGAGCCAUGUCUGCAGGGGGAGGAGUGUCGAGUUCUCCCUGACCUCACUGGUUGGUCAUGCGUCUCUGGGAACAAAGUGAAGACCACGAAGGUGGCACGAUAGCAAGACAGAAGCUUCUGCUAAAGAGUUCAAUCCUCACCUGACCUGCUGCUGUCAACUUUUGCAAUAUUGGACCGCUCACAGACAAAGCAGAGAAAAACAGAUAUUUAAUUAGAUAUCUCUUGGCUGAGCUCAGAACUGCAGAAACUCAUUAUUUAAUUGUAAUUUUUCUUUGAAUAGUUUUGUUUUGUGUUAAUCCCCUAGAGAGAACAAUCCAUUAAACUUGACAAGAGAUUAAGUGAUGUAGUUUUUUUCCCAAUCCAAACCGAGAGCUUCAGCUAAAGUCUUUGUUUUUGUGCUUGAAAUGCCGGGCACAUUGUGAUGCGCUCAAUCAAGGUUUGGCCCGAGCUGCUGGCAGACCCUUAAAAAGAGAUUUUGUGGAUUUUUUUUUUCAGGUGGCAGAAAGUGAACCCAGUCUGUGGCUCGUGACUCGCUGCCGCUUAAAGCAACAGACCACAAACACUGAGAAAUUUAUGAUCACACUGUGUAGCAAUUGUUGUCGGCGCUGUCCCUUACUUUUAGCUUCCUAACGAGGUCAGGUCCCUUUAGACUACUGUAAAGAAGCACUCUGACUCCCUACACAUACACACACAAAUGCACAUGCAUACAAAGGCAGCUUUUUCUUUUUUUUUUUUACCCCACUGGUCACAGGCCACCACCUGCAAGGCUGUGAUGGCAUGCACACAUGCAUGAAGUCCUAACGCAAAACAAGAACUGUUUGAAAUGCUAAUCAUUAGGAGAAAGGAGAGGAGAAAGGAAGAAAAGAGAAGAGGAGCUUCUUCGCUGCAGAGAGUCUUUAGAUCAGGUUUUUUUUUGUUUGGCUCUCUAAACUGAGAGCUCCCAUGGAGGAGACUCUUCUUAUAGUAAUGGUUUGAAACACCGGUGUUUUUCUGCCUCGGAGCGAUUCGUCGCCUCCAAAAGAGCAGAAUGUUUAUUACCACUUAAUCAUCUGUCCUCUUAAUAUGCAUAUUGCACAUUUUCCUCCUGGACUCAUCCUGAUUGACUCUCUUUUAUCUCUUGAGCUCAACCAAACAUUUCGCAUUUUGUCUUUGUGAAAAAAAAUACAUAUCCUCCAUAUAUAUAUAACCAAUCCAUUUUAGACAUAUGAAGAGCACAUGCUGUUCUGGCUGAAGGUACCUGAGUUCUAAGCAGCUUGCUCAAUAUCACAUAGUUAUGCAUUAUAAUUGUUUUCCUCGAGACAAGAUUCUUUACUGAGGCAUCAUAAGAAUCAAGGAUUCCUGCAGGGUUUGGUUUGUAAACAUUCAAAUCAUUACUAUUCAGUGUUUACAGGGAAAGAUGGUAAGACAAAUGAUGUCAUUUUAGGUUAACAACUAAGUAUUUCUGCCUACUCUAAGACAGGGACGUGAUUGAGAGAAGUAUGCCUUUGCACUGGAGAGUUUCUGUCAAAUGUCCCAUAGUGGCUAAACUCAGCUGCAGCUUGAGGCGCUGCUGAUGCAGAUGGGUUAAAACAUGUUUGAACUCCAUUAAAUAAAGUCAGACAUUGGUGCUUUGACGAAAUGUCCUUCUAUGAAGGCUGGUAAGUCAGUGAGUGACUAAGAAAUAAAUAUAGCUUGGAUGUUGUUGCUUGGAGGAGACAACAAAGGACUUCAGCUUAAUACAUUCAGGUUGUGAUAAUGCAGCAAGGUCCACAUACAGUGCUGCAAAAAUGUAUUUACCCACCUAUAUAUUUCUUCUGUUAUGGCUUUUUUGUGAUUCAGGUUUUGGUUUAGGUUGCUCAGAGUGUAAGUGUUAGUAAUUCAUGAGUUUCUUUUUUUCCUCUGAGGAAUGAAAAGGAUGUCACACAGAAAGUAUUUUCUCAUAGCUAAUCUUUAAAACAGGGAAAACAAAACAAUGUGCCAUUCAAGUAAGGAAAAUUUAUGUAAUACCCUACAAGAGUUACGAAUAUGUAAGGCUAAAGCAACAAUUAAGAGCUGUAACAAAUAAGGCUAGACAAGGUCUCAUGUUUAAAUUGGCAAAGUUUAUUUUGAGAAAACUACAAUGAAGAGUGAGUUCCCACUUUGCUGCAGUUCUCAUUCUUUGGUAUUUUUCUCCUCAUCAAAGCUAUGACUGUUUCUCCAUCAGAACAAACUAGUUUAUAAAACCAUACUUGGAAAUAUAUUUUUGUCAGAAACAUGGCAUAGAAAAAGCACUUAUCAAAAAGCACUUCAUACCUACUGUAAGGUACGGUGGAGGUUCUAUAAUUCGGUGAGCUUGUUUCUCUUUCAAAGGCUCUUGCAACCUUGUCAGAGUUCCUGGCAAACCUGAGAAUUAUGAAUAAACUGUGGAAAUUCUUAACAGCAGAAGUAUCAACAAAUAUGUUAGACAUAAUUCCAUGAGGCAUAGGAAUUACAUUACAUUGGCAUAAAGCCAAUGUAAAUGUUUAAUCAGAGGGAUAUUUAUACACUGUCAUGUCUGUUCUUAGAAUAAUAUGUUGUUACUUUUAUUGAGUAUAUGUUGUUUGUGUGAACAUGUUCUUGUUAUCAAGAAUUCCCUUUUUGCAAUAAAAGCUUGGA